CGGGCAUCAAUUUUAGCUCAUUUCUUUCCGGAAGGUGUCGCCUCUGUACCAUCAGAGACCGUCACGAUGGCGGCGCCCGUUAAACAUGUCAACGAUCACGGUGUUUAUGUUGUUCCCCACUAUUCUGAACAGCUAUGGUUUAAAUAUAUUUUAUCCGCUGCAGCGGCCACUGUCGCUGAGACAGCUACGUAUCCACUCGACUUGACGAAGACCAGGCUUCAGAUUCAAGGAGAGAUUGCUCACCAUCAUCACCAUGGCGUUGCUACGGACACUGUCCCUCACAAGGGCAUGGUCCGCACUGCCCUCGGAAUCGUGAAGGAAGAAGGCUUGCAUAAACUAUGGCAGGGCGUGACGCCUGCAAUAUACAGGCACCUCGUUUACACCGGAUGUCGCAUGACGUUCUACGAGAAAAUCCGGGAGGUGCUGGGCAAGAAUGACGAUGGAACAUUCUCCUUCUGGAAGGCGGUGACUGGCGGGGUAGUGGCCGGUGGCGCCGCCCAGUUCAUCGCUAGUCCGACGGAUCUUGUUAAAGUGCAGAUGCAGAUGGAGGGUCGCAGGCGACUGGAGGGAAAACCACUAAGGGUGAAGGGAGUGGCUGAUGCACUGAAAAAUAUUGUGAGGGAGAGCGGAGUGAGGGGCUUGUGGAAAGGUUGGGCACCUAAUGUCCAAAGGGCUGCCCUAGUCAACCUGGGAGGUAAGCGAGACAUGUACAAAAUUGACUUCCAUCACACUCCACUGUAG